GGGGCCGGGCCGUGCCCGGGGGCGCUUUGGCGCGCGGAGUGGCUGCGGAAGCCCGACCCGGUCUCCCGAGAGCCAGACUACUUGUUGAAAUUUGAGGCAGGAGGUGUCUCCUCCAUGAGCCUCGCUCUAGAAGAUUGAGGUUCAAGGUUAGAGGCCUGGGCGAUCUCCCUGGGAAGGUGAAUGAUGGCUGCAGAGGGGCCGAGAGUAACCAGCUCCCUGAGCCCCUUGGUCCAGGUGCCUCAAGAGGAAGACGAACAGGAGGAGGUCACCACCAUGAUCCUGGAGGAUGACUCUUGGGUGCAGGAAGCUGUAUUGCAGGAAGAUGGCCCUGAGUCAGAGCCCUUUCCCCAGAGUGCUGGCAAGGGUAGCCCCCACGGGGAGGCCGCCGGAGGGCCGCAGGGUGCACUUGGCCGCCUCCGAGAGCUCUGUCGGCGCUGGCUGAGGCCGGAAGUGCACACCAAGGAACAGAUGCUGACCGUGCUACCAAGGGAAAUUCAGGCCUGGCUGCAAGAGCAUCGCCCCGAAACCAGUGAGGAGGCCGUGGCCCUGGUGGAGGACUUGACCCAGACCCUUCAGGAGGGCGAUUUUGAGAUCCAGAGUGACAAUGGGGAGAACUCCAAUCAGGAUCUUUUUGAGGACGCCGAGCCACAUGAGAUGUUCUCAGAAAUGCCAGAAGGGGAAGGCAUUCCGCAAUCCGACUGGGAAAGUGACUCUGAGAGAGACUGUGGCUCCAGGGGGCCAAAGGGGAAUGCCCCGAGUGGGGACCACAGGGAGGUGCCCACUCAGGGCAGGGAAGUCGGGCAGCUCAUCGGCCUUCAGGGCACCUAUCUGGGUGAGAAGCCCUACGAGUGUCCCCAGUGUGGGAAAACCUUCAGCCGGAAAUCCCACCUGAUCACCCAUGAGCGGACCCACACGGGAGAGAAAUAUUACAAAUGCAAUGAAUGCGGGAAAAGCUUUAGCGAUGGUUCCAACUUCAGCAGACACCAAACCACCCACACGGGGGAGAAACCUUACAAAUGCAGAGACUGUGGGAAAAGCUUUAGCCGGAGUGCAAACCUCAUCACCCACCAGAGGAUCCACACGGGAGAAAAGCCCUUCCAGUGUGCCGAGUGUGGCAAGAGUUUCAGCAGGAGCCCCAAUCUUAUUGCCCACCAGCGAACCCACACGGGUGAGAAGCCCUACUCGUGCCCUGAGUGUGGGAAGAGCUUCGGCAACCGGUCCAGCCUUAACACACACCAGGGCAUCCACACAGGCGAAAAGCCGUACGAGUGCAAGGAGUGUGGGGAGAGCUUCAGCUAUAACUCCAACCUGAUCCGGCACCAGCGGAUCCACACAGGCGAGAAGCCCUACAAGUGCGCCGAGUGCGGGCAGAGGUUCAGCCAGAGCUCAGCGCUCAUCACACACCGGAGGACACACACUGGCGAGAAGCCCUACCAGUGCGGUGAGUGCGGCAAGAGCUUCAGCCGCAGCUCCAACCUGGCCACACACCGCCGCACACAUCUGCUGGAGAAGCCCUACAAGUGCGGCGAGUGUGGCAAGAGCUUCAGCCAGAGUUCCAGCCUCAUCGCGCACCAGGGCACGCACACUGGCGAGAAGCCCUAUGAGUGCCUGACGUGCGGGGAGAGCUUCAGCUGGAGCUCCAACCUCCUCAAGCACCAGCGAGUUCACACUGGCGAGAAGCCAUACAAGUGCACUGAGUGUGGCAAGGGCUUCAGCCAGCGCUCGCAGCUUGGGGUGCACCAGCGGACGCACACUGGCGAGAAGCCCUACCAGUGCCUAAUGUGCGGCAAGAGCUUCAGCCGGGGCUCCAUCCUGGUCAUGCACCAGCGCGCCCACUUGGGGGACAAGCCCUACCGCUGCCCCGAGUGUGGUAAGGGCUUCAGCUGGAACUCCGUCCUCAUCAUCCACCAGCGCAUUCACACGGGGGAGAGGCCCUAUAAGUGCCCUGAGUGUGGCAAGGGCUUUAGCAACAGCUCUAACUUCAUCACUCACCAGAGAACGCAUGCCAAAGACAAAGCCUACUGAGCUAGCUGAGGGCCAAUGGAGAGGGCGAUCAGGGCCCAGCCAUGAUGCCCCCAAAUGGUGACAUCCCUCCAGGAAAGCCAUUCUUCCCAAGAGGUCUCUAGGAACAUGGGCCAGAAUCUCACCCUCGCUCAUCCCCGAUUCUAAUAUUUGCUGCCAUCUUAGUGCGUGGAGUCACACCCCCAGAGCAGAGGAGGGGAACUGAAGGCCGCAGAGUUGGGUCUCUUUCCGUUUUGUUGCAUGACACGCGAUUGGCUUCCUCUCUCCUGGUCCUCCAGGCCUCAGUUUCCCCUUUGGUAGCACAGGGGGAGUCUUUCUCGUGGGGGACAGAAGACAGCAUGGCCCACAGCCCAGGCUGAGGCCUCAGAAAUACUGGAAAAUGACAGGUGCGGUCUGGUAGUUCUGCCGCCCCUUGGUCAGGCUAAGGUGCCUUCACCAGCAGCUCCUGCUGUGCCAGGCUGUUAGGUCAGAAGCGGCUCUCCCUGGCCUUGUGUCCUGGGCUUUGAUUCUCAAAUCAAAGGUCAAGGUAGAUGGAUUUUUCCAACUCUGAGUCAGCCAGAGGAAGGUAAAGCCCUUUUCUAUUUGUAGAAAGUGUCAGGGACCCAGAGACUGGAGGGAGUAUGGCCUGGAACCAGUGUCCCCAUAGCCUUUCCACUGAUAAGAGUUGAACAGCACCCACCAGGGAGGGUAGAAACUGAGGAGAUGCACACCUUUGCUUGUGUCUCUGCUUACUGUCUUAUGGUAAGUUGGAUGCCAGGGGAAUGCACUAGUUUUUGUGGGGUUUUGUUUUUUGAAUGGGAAAUCAGGGACCGCCAGCCACCUACUGCUGGUGGGUGGUGGGUUCUCUGAGGGUGAAACAGUCCUGCACCCUUCAGGGUUGGCUUGUGUCCUCACCCCCACAGAUACUAGCCCCCAAAUCAUCUCUCUAUGCACUUGUCAUUCCCCUGUUCUUGUUUUUAUUUUAUAUGAGCAAGUCUAGAAUUCUGUCUGGUAGCUUUUGUAUACUUUCAUAUUUUUAAGGAAGUGUUGAUUCUGGGGACAGAAUCUGUCCUCUGGACAGAUCUGAGCUUGAAAUAGAAGUUGUCCUACAGGUGUCAUCCUUGAUCGUGGGAUGCUACCAGGGCUUUGUUCUUGGGUCCUUGAGCCUUGAAACCAUAAAGACCAGGGGAUGAUAGCAGGUCAAGGUGUUUGUUAUAAGGAAGAAGAGAACAGAGAAGGUGUUUCUGGGAAAUAUGAAACCACCUCCUCUAGUGCAUAGAGCCUGUGCUCACAACGGGCCUUGGUUCUUAUAGAAUGGAUGCUCAAUAUUUCCUAAUAAAAUAGAGUCCCAUUCUUUUCCUGCAUCUGCCUUUCAAUGUGAACUUGACUGUUAACCAACCCACACCUCAUUUUCCACCCACUCACCUCCUGCCAUAGGCUGAAAGUGGUCCAAGACCUUCAAGGAGUAAAAAUCAGUGGCUUUAAAGAAUACACCUUUGGUGAACCAAGACCUAUGUGCUUGACCUGUGCACACAUCUGUCCACUGUCCUUUGCCAACUGUGCAUUCAUUCAGUCUGUCAACCAAGACUUGGAGUGGCAGCUGUGGCAGCUUUAGCUAAGGAGCCAGGUGGCCACCUAAGAAUGUCAUUGGGAAUCAUCUCUAUCCAGAAUCAAUUAGAUUAGAUACAAAAAGGACAUUUCUAAGCUCAGCAGUGAUGGUUGUUAAACCAAACCAUGAAGGCUGUGAGAUCCCCAUCAUUAAUCCCAUUCCUUCACUUCCAUUUAGCAAACACUAAGGACUUAAGUACCAUCACUGUGCUAGGUACUAGGGAAAGGUGAUGAGCAAGAAAUCCCAUUACCCGUCUCCAUCAAGUUCUUACAGGAGGAAUAAUCCCAUCUGUCUGGGAAGCUACAAGAAACAUUCAAGGGAGAAUGGAUAGGGUGCUUUCCUAGCUGAAAAUAAGUUCUGGGAUUUGGGUUGUAGAAGAUACUGGCUCUCUUCUUCCCCCAAGUCUCAACGUAAGAAAAGAACCGACAUUAAGCUUUGCAAAACUUUCUGUUUUACUCCUCUCUACCUGGUAGGCACACAAAAUAUCUUAGAAAAAGGACACAAGAUCAGGCUGGACCCACAAUGGGAAAUGACACACUGUGGUCCUAGAAAGGUCGGGAGUCUUUUGCUUCCCGUCCUGCUUGCCCAUGAAGCUGGUCUGCUGAGGCAGGGAGGGCGUGACACAUACAGGCCUUCAUGCCACUCAGUGUGGGAUGGGAGGGCAGAGCCUUCUUCCCUAAAAGCCGUCAGGAAGCCCUGGUCUCCUCGGCAGAUCUAUUACCACCAUGUCAUGGCUCUCAAUUCAGUUAUGCCUGUGUUUCUGUACCAAGAACAUCUCCCCUAAAUGUACAUGCCUUUACGGACUGAGGUUUUGUUCCCAGUUUGUUCUGAGUUCAUGGGAACAGCCUUGGGACAGUUAAACAUUUAUAAUAAGGGCCUCCUGGAUGGUUCAGUUAAGUGUCUUGACUUUUGGU